GCAGUUUGACUUGCCUGUAUGGGGGAUCUCCUAGAAUAGUAAAUAAUCUAUAGUUCUAGGCUAAUGAUAUCUCGAAUAUUGCGUAUCGCAAUCGCCAGCUAUUAAAAGCUGAAGCGAUACCUUUCCUUGUGAUCGAGGAUUCUUUGGAUAAGUGCCUGUUGCUCAGCUUUAGUUGCCAUCGCCGAUUCAAUUCUCAUCAACUCAGCUCUCACCUCAUUCACAUUGACUCAAAAUGGAAAACCACAAGAUCAUCAACCAUGACGAGGAGAAGGGGUUACAACGAUCGGACACCACCGUGACAAUGCCCCCUGAGCUCUUCGAGAAACUCUAUCUUACCCCUAAGGUUCCUCACGUUGGAGAUUACAACAGGCGUUUCGCUAACCCAACACCUCUUGGUAUUGUCGGCUUCGUUAUCUCGACGUUUACCUUCGCGAUGACAUUGAUGGGGUGGGCAGGCGCUGAAGGUACAACGCCGGUAGCGGGCAUAUUCUUCUUCGUCGGCCCCGUAUUGUUAAUUUUCGCCAUGGUUUUUGAGUGGAUCAUGGGGAACUUCUUCCCUAUGAUGGCCAUGGGCUUGUACGCCGUGUUUUGGCUAUCGUUCGGCCUUUUACAGUUGCCAACCCUUCAGCUAGGCGCGCCAUAUGCCACGAUUAGCGACCCCACUGGGCAAAUGUCCCCCGAGUAUAACUCCGUCGUUGGAUUAUACCUCAUCGUGUGGGGAUUCGCCCUGUUUACUUUCUUCGUUUUCACGUUGAAGGUUAACACGGUGUUCGCAAUGAUCUUCGCCUGCGCUACUUCCGCCGUGUGGGUCUUGUCGAGUGCAUAUUUCAAGCUUGCGGCCGGAAACUUCGAGGCCGCAAUUAGCUUACAAAAGGCCGGUGGUGCUCUAUUGUUCGUCGUAGCCGCCUUAGGGUGGUAUAUGUGUGUCAUUAUCAUGGCGGGCGAAAUGCGCAUCACUCUGAAUCUGCCGCUUGGUGACCUAAGUCGCUUUUGGCCUGUGACAGAUGUAGACUUAGCCGAGGCGGCUACGCACCGCGAUUAAAAAUGCGGAGGUCGAGAGAGCAGGGGUGCAGGGGUAGGAAGGUAUGGCAGGCAAUUUGUUCGUGCUCUAGGCGGUGGCUCGUGGUUCAAUCCGUGUAUCGAUACUCGUAGAUAUAACAGUUGCGUGUGUACGAAGUAGCCU